CCGUCACAAGUGUCACUGUCAAAUACAAAACAAGGUUAUGUUUGGCUAAAGAGAUAAGUUGCGAUUUAUAUUUAAAAAUUUCCGUAUGGUUCUGUGAUAAAUGACAUCCAAAUUUCAGCCACUGUUUAAUUUUAAACCAUAUUUAUAAUGUUAAUUGUAAUUCGAAGUGGCUGCAGUAGCAAUGACGUUCUAUUUUGAGACUAAAGUAUUUCGGAUGGAUUGUGGCCAAAGGUUAAAUUUUGAUUGAGUUUGGGUAUGAAGUAACCGUGCAUUUGGUUAAGGCCGAACCUGCCCUUCUAGUGUUUUGUAAUGGAUGAAUUUAAAUUAAGAGCAGGGGAGAAAAUAGAGGCAUUACAUGAUGCCGCAAUUGUUGCAGCCAACACAAGCAAAAACCGAUUUUAUAAUGUUUUCGAACAGACUGCUGAUGCCAUUGCAAGGCUCCGUGAGACGUUCCAAGAGAUGUGGCACAAUGAGUUGGUGACGGAGGGCAGGGCUCGCGCCGUGGCGUGGGCGCAAGAAACGGCGCGACGCAUACAAGAGGGUGCUCCGCCUCUCUCGCCCAUGGUACUGUACCAGGAACUUGUCACACUUCUCAAAGACCAUGUGUGGCGUCGAAGUGUGAUCAUCUUCCUGUGCGGCGUCGCGUUCGGCGGCAGCGCGGGGCUGGUGAUCGGCUUCCGCGCCGGCAGCCGCGCGCCCGGCGGCCCGCACGCCAGAGCCCUGCACACGCAGAUCGACCAGACUGUCAUACUCGUUGAAGACGCUGUGUCUCCUGGAGCGGCGGCAGGCGAGGUACUCAUCCGCGUGCAAGCGUUCAGCGUGUCGAGUGCGGACCGAGGGGUGCUGCGCGGCCGCGCGUCGGCGCUGCGCUCUCUCGUCACUAGCUCUCCCGUCACUGUUGGGAGAGGGUUCGCUGGGGUGGUUCUAGACGUCGGAGCGGGUGUGAGUGAUCUCGAGAUGGGCGAUGAAGUGUGGGGCUGCGUGAGCGAGUGGAGUGGAGGGGCGGCGAACGAGUUACUUGCCAUUAGAAGUACGCGAGUAAGCAAACGACCGCGCCACCUAGCGGCCGAUACUGCGGCUUCACUGCCGUGGGCGGGAACCCUGGCAUUAACGGCCAUACACAAAAUACGAUACAACUUGAAUAAUUGUAAGGGAAAACGCGUAUGUGUGAUCGGCGCGGGCAGCGGGGAAGGCUGCGCGCUCGUGCAACUGUUGAGCUACUGGGGCGCCAGGCUGACCGUCGCGGCGCCCAGGAAAGCGCAUCAUUCACUCAAGAACUUGGGUGCCCACGAGUUUAUCGACACGGACGGCAGCAACGAGCUGGCGGCGCCGUCGUGGCUGCAGCUGGAGCAGUACGCGAGCCGCGCCGGGCCCUGGGACUGCGCACUGUGCUGCGCGGGCGCCGGCGCGCCACCCUUCCCGCUGCCUGGCCCCAACACGCUACUCAAAGCCACAGCACCUCGUAAAGCCAUGGUGGAGCUGCGACCGAAGUCCCUCAUCACGGACCGCCUGCCGACGCCCUUCUGGAUCUUAUUCGCUGCUUCCUUCUACACGAUAAGAAUGUGCAGGUGGCUGCUAGGAUGCGGCUCUCACACAGACUGGCUGGAAGACAGACAUCACUUGCGGCCCGGCCUCGAAGCGCUGCGGCAGUUGGUGGAGUCCGGCCAGCUGUCACCAGUGUUAGAUAAAGUGUUCCUUCCUCAAGACUUCGAGUCGGCGCUCGCGCACGCUUGCGGCGAUGACACUAUCGGCACCACAGUCAUCAGAUUCCCGUGAAAAUGUACAGAAAAACUAUUUAUUACUAUUAUAGGUUGUGUACAAAUUAGAAGAGCCCAAAACUCGGUAUGAGUAAAUCAAAGCACAAAAUUGUAAUAUUUCAAGAUGACUGAACAGAACAGAAUGACAGAAUCCGCAAAAUUAUUCUAAUAUCCACUUGUGAUAAUUUUUACAUUAUCACUAAGUAAUUUUAUGUACUUAGGCUGAAGGCAUAUGGACGCAGUCGAAAUAAAGCGACGCAACGUUUCAAAAUAUAGAAAACUUUAUUGCACAAAAAACAGGAAAUAAUCCAGACAAGACAAACUAAAAACAAUUGUAUUUAAAGGCGGCCUUAUUGCUCAGAGCAAUCUUCACCAGGCAACCUUUGGUGAAAGGAUAAUAGGCGUGUUGGAAACUGAAGUUUAUCUUCCUUAUGCAAGGUUAGCAAUAUAUGUAAAGCAAACUGAGAGACGCCCGGAAUAGUGCGUUAACGUAGCUGAAUGCCUAAACCUAUCUUUAAGCCGGGUACUCAUUAGCGAGGCGUUACCGCAACCAGUCUAUCGUGCAGUACAGCACAUGUUCGUUUAGAAAUCCACGACGUCGGGUGAAGUGUCUGUUGUUUGUACAGCGUAUAAUAUAGUAAUCCAUACCAAUAUUAUAAAUGCGAAAGUGUCUCUGUCUGUCUGUCUGCUAGUUUUUCACGGCCCAAGUUUUACCGAUUUUGAUGAAAUUUCUUACAGAGUUAGGUUACAUUCCGGGGACGGUCAUGGGCUACUUUUUAUCCCAGAAAAUUGAAGAGUUCCCACCGGAUUCUCAAAGGUAUUCUUACUUUAUAUUUAACGGUAUUUUGGUACACAGGUAGCUUGCGUCCUAGAAAUUGACAUAGGCAACUUUUUAUCCCGGAAAGCAGAGUUCCCACGAGAUUUUUGAAAACCUAAAUCCGCGCGGACGAAGUCGCGGGCAUCAUCUAGAUUCUAGUAGAAGCAUAAAUACUCGUAGUCAGGAUUCGUCACAUACAAAGAUCUUUCCCGUACACGUCCAUGAGCCCGCGGCAGAUACCCUCGAUCUUCGGCCCGCUAGUGAGUACCCGGCUUUACGGUAAAUUCAUCUAUAACGACUAAUGAUCAUGGUAAUGUGGAUACGUUUACGCUUUUUGGAUGAAAGUUGAAAGGCCUUGGUUAUUGUAAAGGAAAAUGACAGACGGAUUUUCGAAUUGUGAACUGAGGGGUGAUUCGCUAACUCAGUGUCUAACAAUGAAUGAUAGCCACUUAUGUUUUAAUCCAUUGAAGGUUUUCUAUGAAACAAUAUUUUAACAUCACCCAGUGAAGCAGCAAUGUGGAACCAACCAACCUCGGUGGCUGUCAGUGUUAGCGAAUCACAUAGCCUCUGCUUAAAUGUGCGCUGUUUUAUGGGUGAGAUGUCAGUUUUUUAUUGAAAAUUUGUAUAUUAUUUAUAAAUGACUGAGCGUAAGUUGUCUUGUAAAAAGAUUGUAAAAAUGCCAUUUUAUAAAUUACUUUUUUAUAACUGUAUUUAAAAAUUAUAAAUUAAACUAUGUGUUUACUUUUAAAAACUAAUUUUAUAAAAAUAUAUUAAAAUAAUUCAAACUGUAAGAAAUUCAAGAAAGACAGGUUUAACAUUAAGGAUUUGUAAAUUUGUGUUUCUGUAUAUGUAUUAAAAACCAAAAAUCUCUUGUAAGUAGGUAAUACACUUAAUUUUACACUUAGUUAAAGUGUAAAAUAUUACACUUAACUUAUACUACAAGUUAGAUAUUAAUGUAAAGUUACACAACAAGAUGUGAAUAAAAAUAAAUCUUACAAGGUUCCUUUAUAAAAUAUGCUUAGUAUUUAAAUAAAUCUUUUAGUGCUUGUAUUUUACAUUCAAAUAUACACAAAGUAAAUAAAUAAUGAGCUAAAAAACAAAAUAUGUAAAGAACUGAAUACUAAAAAAUAAUUAAUAUAAUGAUACAAAAUAACUUGUAAAUAAAUAUAUUAUAAUAUAUACAUUAUAAUAUUGAAAAAUGUACUAAUAGGUGCUAUUUAACAGUAAUUCUAUUUCCCAGUUAACAGCAUUCAAUAUUUUCAUACAAACUAUAUUUACUAUAGAAUCGAAUUUUAAAUUAAUAAAACUCUAGAGUUAAGAAAUUAUAUUGCUUAACUUAUUCUCAUAAAAGAUUUCGAACCAUUUUUAAGAGUUAUGUAAAAACCACAAAUACUCUAUUAUGCCUUCUUUGAUAAUAAUAUUAUUAAAAAGUUACUUAGUGAAGUUUUUUUAUAAAUUUAUAUUUUUUCAUGGAUCAAUGCUAUUAACUGGGCAAAACAUUUUUUAUAAAAAUUAUGAAAUAAAAUAAAACAGGAAUUUGAAGUUGAUAAACAUACUUAGUAGCUGCUUUAAAGUAUUGGCAUUAAGAACUUACCUAAACCGCUCUUUACAAACUUAAGCCAUCCAUAAACUACAAACUUAAAUAGCUGUAAAAUAUUUCAACUGUAGAUAGAGCUGUUAUUUUAAAAUUAAACUGUUAUCAUAUAA